CAGAUUUUUUAGUAUAACUUUAAUAAGCAUUUGAAACAGUUUUGUUUUCUCUCACUUGGAAAUAUGCAUCAAAUUAUCAGCGUUAUUAUCGCUUUAGCUGGCAUUCUUGCGCUUUCAAUGCCAACGUUAACGCGUGCUGUCAAUAAUCAGACAACGAUGACUAGAUCAGAUUUUAGCACAGAAUUUGCAAAAAUGAUAUUAAAACGUGCCAAGGCAGCUGAAAUCAGUUCAAUGUUGGAUACGAAAGUCAAUCCAUGUAAUGAUUUUUAUACAUACGCUUGCGGUAAUUGGCAUCAUAGUAAUCCCGCUCAAUUAUUUGGUGAUUUAAUGACCGAUAAAUUUCAAAUGCUUUCAAAAGCUUUAGAUCGUAAAUUAGCGGCAUUACUAAAUAAUCCUAAACGUGGUGAUAACUUAAUUUUAGAUAAAAUUAAAGAUUUUCAUAAUUCUUGCAAAAUUGUCUUGGACGAUCAGGAAACAUAUAAAAUGAAUUUGAAGAAAGUUUAUCAAGAAUUCGGUGAGUUUCCUUUCCUUACAAAAGCUGAACAAGAACAAGAUCAAGAACAAGAACAAGAUUUGGAAUUUAAUUGGUGGUUGACGGUGGCCAAAAUACAAAGUACUUAUGGUAAGGAAAUUAUAUUAUCAUCAGAUGUGAUGGGUGAUUUGAAAAAUAAUUCACAACCGAGAAUUUAUAUCGGUGCACCGGAAUAUUCCACACCUGAAUCUAGUACGAAAAUCGUAAAUAUCGUACAAGAGAUUUUAACUCGGGCACAUUUACAAAAGCUAUUCGCGUUGGAUAAGAAGAAGGCUAAGGAAAUCGCUCUUGAUAUGUUGAAAUUGGAACGAGCUUUGAAAAAGGGCACUACGGAUGAACGACUCGGCAAAACAAUGGAAAGCCUUGUAACCGAAUACGAUUUGCAGGAUCUUAAGAAGAAAUAUGAAAAAACUUUAGAUAUUGAGAAAUUUUUAGAGAUAAGCUUGAAUACAACCGAAUUACCGCAAUCAAUUUAUGUUUAUGAUGAAAGUUAUUUGGAGAAUUUAGUCAAAGUAUUGAAUGAAACUGAAAACAGUACAAUAACUACAUACGUUUUAUGGAUGUUAAUACAAGAUUAUAUAAUUGAUAAUAACGACGAUGAGCCGGAUGUUUUUUGUGCAGAUAAAACUAAAACAUUUUUUAACAAAUAUAUUGAUCGAUCCAUUUACGAGCAAUAUCGUUCCGAAAGAGAUGAAAAAGAAAUUUAUGAACUAUGGGAUAAUAUUAAAAAAGCAUUUCGAAAUGAAUUAAUGGGCGAUAAACUCGAUUGGAUAUCGAAUAGUACGCGUGAAUAUGCUUUAGAAAAAUUGGCGGCCAUGAAUUUAUCAAUAAAUGCUUACGAUGAAGAGAACUUCACCGAUUUCUAUGGUUCAUUAGAGAUCGAUUCAAAAAAUUAUGUCCAAAAUAUACAAAAUAUUUUACGCAAUGAAGUCAAGGAUGAUAAUAUUUUCGAAUUAGAUGAGUUAAAUACGGAUAAAGAUGAAGCUCAGAUUUUAUCCUUUACACCGGCGUAUAGUUUUUUAACCAAUGGCAUUAAAAUACCGGUAUCGAUGUUGCAACCGCGUUUCUUCUGGGACACAAAUUAUCCACAAGCCAUUAAAUAUGCUACGUUAGGCUAUUUAAUUGCUCACGAAAUGAUUCAUGGUUUCGAUGAUGACGGCCGAACUUUCGAUAAAGACGGUAACAGUCGCGAAUGGUGGGAUCAAAAAUCCACUUACGAAUUUGAAGCUCGACGUAAAUGCUUUCAAGCUCAAUAUCAUAAUUAUAAAUAUGACGGUAAACGUUUACCGGAUAGUGUUUUACAAGCGGAAAAUAUAGCUGAUAAUGGAGCCGUCAAAUUGGCUUAUUCAGCUUAUAUGAAUUGGUUGUAUUCGCAACGUUCCAAUACGCCUAAUAUUGAAAUGUUGGAAACACUUCCCGGUUUAGAGUUCAAUAAUCGUCAAUUGUUUUUCAUUAAUUUCGCUCAGGUGUGGUGUGAAGACGUUCAAAGUCUAUUUAAAUCGCAUGUUGCUUCAGCCGAUACACACGCACCCGGCAUGUAUCGAGUUAUUGGUACAUUAUCUAAUUUUCAAGAAUUCUCAUGGGUUUUCGAAUGUAAACCAAAUGCACCAAUGGAUCCAGAAUAUAAAUGUUCGAUUUAUUAA